CCGGCCUGGAGCUGCGGGCGCGGCAGGCGCCGGGACGGCCCCGCUCCCCGCCCGGCGCCGGGUCUUGCUGCGCGAGUCAGCCCCGCCGAGCCGGCCGGCCGGGAGCGGGGAGAUGAGCGGCGGCGCCGCGGCAGCGCCCCAGGAUGGGGAGGGACGCGCGGCAGUGCCCCCGGGAACUGGCGCUCCGGUGAAGUAGGAGCCGCCGGCCGGCCGCCCGCACCGAGCCGUUCCGCGCCGCGGCCGCUCAGCCUCUGCCAUGGCCGGAUCCGGCGCGUGGAAGCGCCUCAAAUCUCUGCUACGGAAAGAUGACGCGCCGCUGUUUUUAAAUGACACCAGCGCCUUUGACUUCUCGGAGGAGGCGGAGGACGAGGGGCUCUCUCGGUUUAACAAACUUCGCGUUGUGGUGGCCGAUGAUGGUUCUGAAAUCCCAGAAAGGCCUGUUAACGGGGCGCACCCGGCCCUCCAGGCCGACGACGAUUCCUUACUGGACCAGGACUUGCCUUUGACCAACAGUCAGCUGAGUCUGAAGGUGGACCCCUGUGACAACUGCAGCAGACAGCGAGAGUUACUGAAGCAGAGAAAGGUGAAAACCAGAUUGACCAUUGCGGCCGUUCUUUACUUGCUUUUCAUGAUUGGAGAACUUGUAGGUGGAUACAUUGCAAAUAGCCUAGCAAUCAUGACAGAUGCACUUCAUAUGUUAACUGACCUAAGUGCUAUCAUACUGACCCUGCUUGCUUUGUGGCUGUCCUCAAAAUCUCCAACCAAAAGAUUCACCUUUGGAUUUCAUCGCUUAGAGGUUUUAUCAGCUAUGAUCAGUGUGCUGUUGGUAUAUAUACUUAUGGGAUUCCUCCUAUAUGAAGCUGUCCAAAGAACCAUCCAUAUGAAAUAUGAAAUAAAUGGGGAUAUAAUGCUCAUCACUGCAGCUGUUGGAGUUGCUGUCAAUGUAAUAAUGGGGUUUCUGUUGAACCAGUCUGGUCACCACGCCCAUUCCCACUCUCUGCCCUCAAAUUCUCCUGCCGUAGGUUCUGGGUGCAGACACAACCAUGGGCAGGAUAGCCUGGCGGUGAGAGCCGCGUUUGUACAUGCCUUGGGGGAUUUGGUACAGAGUGUUGGUGUGCUAAUAGCUGCAUACAUCAUAAGAUUCAAGCCAGAAUACAAGAUUGCUGAUCCCAUCUGUACAUAUGUAUUUUCAUUACUUGUGGCUUUUACAACAUUUCGCAUCAUAUGGGACACAAUAGUUAUAAUACUAGAAGGUGUACCAAGCCAUUUGAAUGUAGACUAUAUCAAAGAAGCCUUGCUGAAAAUAGACGAUGUAUACUCAGUGGAAGACUUAAACAUCUGGUCUCUCACUUCGGGAAAGCCUACUGCUAUAGUACACAUCCAGCUAAUUCCUGGAAGUUCAUCUAAAUGGGAGGAAGUGCAGGCCAAAGCAAAGCACGUAUUAUUGAACACAUUUGGCAUGUAUAAAUGUGCUGUUCAGCUUCAAAGUUACAGGCAAGAAGUGGACAGAACUUGUGCACAUUGCCAGAGUUCCAGUUCCUGAUUUCCUAAGGGACCACUGCCUUAUUUAUCCUGCAGUCACAGACCUGAGAGCAAUAAAUGUGCACACCUGCAAGAGAAAAUGGAGUCCUGACAGCUGUGUCAGUAUCAAGAAUCCAUCUUUCAAAACAAUCGCUCCAGCCUGACAGUGCUAGUUUCUGUCUAAAGGUAAAAUGAGACUUCACCAUGAUUUUCAGAUGAAGAUGUUUCCAAAACACUAUUUAUAGAAUGAGACGUGAUUCUACAGAUACCUCAGAGAAGACAAUCCAAGACCACACUUCGUUAAUUAUGACUGAGUACGUGUCUUGAAGGAAGCAUCAAGAAUUCAGUAUUUGCAUUUAAAAAUCCUUUCUAAAGACCAUUUUUUAUCAAGCUAGUGCUGGAAAACUGAAUUUUUUUAUUAUGUAAUCUUGACAACCAGCUUCUGGAAUUCGACACCCAGCUAUGUUUUUACAGAAAUUAUUUCUCAACAGAUUUCAGAGAAUAUUAGAAAUUAUCAAGAUAGUGGAAUAAGCAUGUAUUCCUAAGUGUUUCAGAAAUGUUUUAUUUCACAAUGUUAUUGUUAUAGUUAUACUUUAUAAACAGCUUUUUCCAGAUGUUACAGGGUUUUGAAGCUCUGAGUUAUCAUUUUGGUUAUCUGUAAUCUUAAUCAGAACCAAAUCUUUACAUGUUGUGGUUGUCACUGUCAUUAGGAAUAUUUAGGAAAUAUUUUCAAUACUAUUCUAAAUGGCAGAAGUUAAUCUUAAAUUACUCUCUGGUAAUUUAAAAUAUAGGAGUGAGGAUAGAGUGUGGGAUGUCAGAUUUAAGUCUUCCUGCAGUCACUUUUAUUAUUCAUGGAAUUAUCUUAAGAAUAGCAGGAGACUUGCAAAAUAUAAUCAGUGAUCCUCUGUCCUUGUCAGAACGGAAAGUGUGCUUGGUACCUAGCUUCCGCCUCCGUACCAGUUAGUGUGUGCCCUUUCAGGGUAAAACCCUGGAGGGUAGGGUUCAGUUUGUAAUGCCUCUCUCUCAGAUGUAGAUUAACCACAUUCCUCCAGAGAGAAUUUGUUUGAUGAUAUCAGGGAUUCUCCAUGGACUCCAGAAACCCUAAGAUAGAAUUUUGAGGUUUUCCAAUAAUACUAUAGCAGAGAUGCCCAAAGAGAUAGAGAGAAGACAUUAAAAAAGAAAGAAAACGUCAAGGGUUUUUGACCUUGUGUUUGUGUUUUUUGAAACACAGGAAUAGGGAUGGACAUUCAAUCUGUUUCGUAAGGAGGCUAAACCUGAAACUUUCCAGAUGGAAUGCAACCUAAUUGGUACCAGUUGUGUUAAAGAGGUAGCUGUGAAAAAUCAGGUUUCAUUUUGCAGCUGUUGGUUUUGAGAUUAUCUUUAUGCACUUUAGAAGUCCAUUUUCACAGGGACAGUUUCUUAACCAAGAAUGGAUAUGGUUCUUGAGGUCCUCAGAGAAUUAGAGUACAAUUACUAGACAAGAUGUGAAUUAGAAGCCUAGAUAAACAUGCAGAUGAUUUAUAAUAUCAAAGAAGGAGAGGAAACAGAUUUCAUCUUUCUACCAAGUACCUCACUGUAAGUAAACCUAAGAUAAAACCUGAAGUUACCUAAAAGAUUAUUAAGAGUUGAUGGUAUCCCCCAAAAAAGGAUUGAUGAGGGUUAAUGGUAUCUAGCAAAACCCAGUUUAUUGAAUUGAAAAUUAACUUUCUUGUUGUGAAUCCAUUUAAAAUAAUGAUUUGGAUUUUUCAAAAAUGUGAGUAGUGCAUACGCUGUUUAAGUGAAAAUUCUCUAAAAUAUGGAAAGCAAAUAAGAAUAAAUAACCAUUUCAGUGGACAUCUGGGCACUUACGGACUUUGGGUACCUAGCAAGAGAAAAGAACAUGCAUCGUAUGCUAAUGGCUUUCCCCAUAUUUGCAAGUGUUUCCCAUGAGCUUGUUUCCUGCAAAUUUUCCCUUAUCUUAAAUAGGUGGAUCUUACUUUUCCUAUCAACCUGUUCCUUGAAAAAGUUAUUUGAUAAAACAGUCUGAAAUUCAUUUGAGGAUUGAAAAGGAUCUUUUGUAAAAUGCAGAAACAUUGAAAACUUUUGUAAAUUUUAAUGAGUGUGCUUUGUUUAAGUGAGGUGCACAUGAAGUUCUCUGUGCUUUGUCUUUUGUAGCGAGGACUACAGAUUUUGUACUUGUGCUUUCCCCGGGGCUGAGAUUGAAAGCUGAUAGAUUUCACUUUUUGUAACUUGACAAAACCCACAGAGGACAAUGUGAAUUUAGCAGAUGUGACCAGGGACUGCACGGCAGAAGCCAAGAGCCUUGGGUCUGUCCCUGCCCUGCUGAGCUGCAGCCCUGCGUCACACCCUCAGGCAGCCCUCACAGGAAGAGUUCUCCACCGUCCUGUCACAGGCGCUGAGUAAUUUUGGAUAAAUACCUUGCAUUGUUAAUUUUGCACUGAGAAAACAGAUCACAUGUAAAAACUGGGCAGUUUUUCGGUGUGAUGUAUUUUUUUAAGUAGGCUCCAUACAGUGUGGAGCCCAGUGCAGGGCUUGAACUCCCAACCCUGCAAUCAAGA